UUUGUACUGAGUCUACCAGAGGAGGUUGGACAGCAGGCCGCAAAGCAUGAUGGGUAUUGAGCGCUCAAUUAUGCGAACGCUUCAUUUGACGUUUUGACUGUCGUGAUGUGAAGAGCUCUGCAAGUAUAGGAAAAAUGGAUGCUUUCGAAAGACAGGAUUUUCAAGCUGCGAUAGUGCAAAAUACUAUGAUGUAUAUGUAUUGUUGCGAUCCGCAUUACGACUUAUCUUUUACUGUACCGAGUUUACCGUUUUUUAAGCUGCAUGGGCUUUGCUGCCAUUUCGCCUUUCAUAAUACUCCGUCUGAAAGAAGACUUUGUAUUAUACCAAACACCGAAGCACUGCUUUCGAAGUUGAAUGGCCUUAAAUCUCCUUGUGUCAUCAACGUUAAAGCAAGUACUAUAUUUGAGUUUGGUACUAUCCCUGAUGAAUUUAUUCAUUGUAAAGCGGAGAGAAUGCUUUUAAUUUGGGAUUUUGAUGUGGAUCGUGUAUUGACAGAAAAUACGAGCGCUGUGGAUGCGGUUACUCCUGAUUUUGAUGACAUCGAAAUUAAUAAUGAGGACAGUGAAGAAGAUGAAAGUGAAGAAGUUGAAAGUGAUGAGGAAGAAAUCACUCAUGCUCUACCAUUCAAGUGCAUUGGAGCUGCUCAUGAACAAAGUUACCAACAUCAUCUGGAACAGGCAUAUCUUGCCCUUGAAUAUAAUGAAUCAGUAAAUGUUAGACUAAGACCAGAGCCGGAGAAUCCUCGGGACCAAAAUGCAAUUGCUAUUGAUCUUCAUUAUGGAACUCAAUGGGAAAAUGUUGGAUAUAUAGCUUCUGAACAUUGCAAGUAUUUACAUCCACUGAUUGCAGCAGGAGAUAUACUAGACGUCUAUGUUGAACACAUCAAGUUUCGGGUUAACUUUUUAAAAAUAGGAUUUUAUCCAAAAAUCUGGAUAAAGAGGCGUGGUAAAUGGGAAGGUCAGAUUGUAAGGGCUAGUAUGAGUGUACGUUGACAUAUAAUUUCAUAAGAACCAGGGUUUGCAAGUUGUGAAUUUCUGCAAUUAUUUCCAUUGGCUAACCUAUGUAGAUUUUUCCAGCAUUUUUGCCAUCAACUUGUUUUUAGUCUGGUUUCCAUAUGACAAUCAAGUUGUUGCAUAAUAACUAAUAAUGAUAGAUAUUUUUCUUAAUGGUUAACACAACACCCUGACAAUGUUGUAUGGAAACCAGGCUUUCUAUUUUAUAUCCUCAAAACCUAUUGUCUAUAACCAAAGCACUUCACUGUCAUGUGAUAUUUCAUACAAACCCUUGCAGUAUUAAGAAAAUUAGAAAAAUAUUCAUACAAUACAUGGUAUAAAUAUGUAAAUCUGUAUUUAUUGAUGAACAAAUAAAUAAACUCAUCAAAUUUUAUUAUGGUUAUAAAAUAUUGUAAGUAAAAUUGCCUUGACAAAACAGCCAAGAUUUUGCAUUUAUACAUAUAUUUACAUGAUGUUCAAAAAAGUAAAAACCUGCAUACACACACCAUUGUUUUUUGUUUCUAUGCUAUUGUUUCUAUGCUAAUAGCAUUUACAAUUCAUGCAAACUUGAAGA